UCUUUCACUCGCGCGCGCACACACACACACACACACACAUACACACACACACACACACACACACACGCUCACUUCUUCCAAAUCUAAAACCCAAAACCCAAAAACCAACCCAAAAAAGAGCAAGCAAGCCGAAACGCAGCCCAUACUCUAUUCAAUCAAUCACCAAAUGACUUCCCCAAAGAGCCCACGUCCGGCAACGGCGUUUCUCGUGCAGCCCUCCUCCCCACGCUUUCCACCCAGCAGUGGGUCCCCUAUCGCUGGGGCCAAUCGCAAGAUCGGCAUAGCCGUCGAUCUCAGCAACGAGAGCGCCUUCGCCGUCAGAUGGGCCGUAUUCAAUUACCUACGCCCCGGCGACGCCGUCGUUCUCCUUCACGUUCGGCCCACCGAUAUCCUCUACGGCGCCGAUUGGGGAGCCAUGGACGUAUCAAUGGCGGCGACGGCGGAGGAAGACGACGAGGAAUCGCAGCGGAAGCUCGAGAACGACUACGACGCCUUCACCACCGCCAAAGCCAACGACAUCGCCGAGCCUCUGGAGAAGGCUCAGAUACCGUAUAAGAUACACAUAGUCAAGGACCACGAUAUGAAGGAGAGGCUUUGUCUGGAGGUCGAGAGGCUUGGCCUCAGUGCCAUCAUUAUGGGUAGCCGAGGUUUUGGAGCCACCAGGCGAUCCUCUAAAGGAAGGCUUGGCAGUGUUAGCGAUUACUGCGUCCAUCACUGUGUUUGUCCUGUCGUCGUGGUCCGCUUCUCCGACGACACGGAUGGCGGGGACGGGGACGGAGACGGCGAUGGCGACGUCAAAUCGGGAAAUUCGGAGUUUCCGGUUGUGCAUGAGGACGAGCAAGAGUAUCACGAUGCGGUGGAGAAGUGAACAAGAUGGGAGAAAGCUUUUGCAGUGCGUCAGGAAUAUGCUGGAGCGUGUUGGAUAAAAGUUUGUUGAAUCUAGUAUCUGUUUUACCUCACUGCCUUUGGUUCCUUCUUUAGGCAAUUGAAUAUAGUAGUAGGCUGCAGUAAAUAUAAAUAUGGUGGUGUAAAUUAUGUAGCUGGAAAAUCUCUUUACUUUGAAAGUUUCUGAAAUUUUUUAUGACAGGAAUUGAAAAUGCAAUUUGGUUUUUACUUGUUU